GCCCUCAACGUCCUCUACUACUUCCAGAAACAAGAGCUGAAGCUCGACUUCAACUCCCCCGACCGUGCUCAAGCCUACCAGAAUCUAAACCGAGAAGGUCGCAUCUACGCGACAGAACCGACAGCCGUGUACCUGCCGCUCACCCCCUCGAUGGCCUACCUACGCGACAGCCACAACGGGCUGGUGAUCGGGUUCACCACGGGCGCAGAAGCCAACCGAUGGUGUCAGACCGCUGUGUUGGGCCGGCUACAUUGUCCCAGCACUCCGCAUGAGGUGCGCAUUCGGCGCGCGUGGACCGACGAGGCCCUGGACCAGCAGCUUCAGAUGCAGCAGUUCCCGCUCUUCAUGCCGGCGCAGGGAGAAGCGCCG